UGCAUUGGUGAAGUAGACCAGGGAAGAACACUAUCAUUGAAACAAAAUGGCGGCAAUGGCGGCCAUGGAUGAGCUGCGCCAGGUUCUGGCAACACCUCAACCCGGAACAGCUCCAAAUAGCAAUCCGAACCUCAUCGCCCACGCCGCCCUGCAAGCGCUGCGAGAUGAGGGGGACUCUAGGUUUCUGUUUCUGAGGACAAUUCUUGAAAUCCGUGGUAUCGUAGCACAGCAGUCGCAACCUCAGUCCCAACGGUUGGUGGCGCAACAAAACGAAGAACUCCUCUUUCAUUGCAUCACGGGCAUGCGCCACGUCGUUUUGACCAAAUGGACGGCCUUUUGCGGAGCCUUUCGAAGGCUCGUGCGGGAUUAUUUCAUGGCACUCGGAAGCUGUUGCAACAGUGCCGAUAUAAGCGCUCCGAUAUUCAGCAGAACUAUUCGCUUGGCGUUGUUCAACGCGUCGACAUCGUUUUGGAAACGACAAUGGAACGAAGAGUCGAACAACAACGCACCGGACAGCAACAAAGCAAUGUCACAGGCGGAGCAAGCUUUGAUGGAAACUAUACAAAAUCAACAGCACCAAAGCCAAUCAUCGUCGUCUUUGCGGCUACAAAUACCGGAACUUCAAGGCAAGGAGGAUCUCUUCCGAUUUCUAGACGCUGCAAUGACUACCCCGAGGCUCGAGAUGGCAUCGGCCGCUAGUUACCUGAAUAUUCUAGUGGGGGAGUUUGCCGGAAAAUCGGCUAGCCAAUACAACAUGCCACUUGAAUUCCACAAACGCGCCCACGCCACCUUCGAAAAAGAGGAAUGGCUGGAUCGAUCCUUGCAAAUGAGUAUGAAGGCCUUGAGCGAGGUGGUUGGGAUGCUCAAUAGCAGCGCAACGAUCGAAAAGGCCAAGGAAAAUCUAGCAUUGGCUGUAGUACAGCUGACAAUCGAUGUGAUAGGCUGGGAAUUUGGUACCGAUGCCUGGGAUUCGGGUGGAUUUCCGACCUUCAAGGGAAGCGUCCUGGUGAGACCCCCCGUGGCAUGGAGGUCCGUUCUGGUUCAACCGGAAUUCGUCAAGGCUAUUUUCCUCGUCCAUUCACGGGUCGCCCAUAACAGCAACGGCCAGCCUUCGUCAUCACCAGAGCUUGCCCAUUCCAUUCGGCAACUGAUUCUUCUGUUGUCUUCCUUGUUUGGUCCGAUCUUCCCGACCCCGGAGGAUCAAACGACGUUUGCCAGCUUUCUUUUGGAGGGAAUCCUCCACUUGUUGAUAACAACAACAAAGRCGGUAGCAGAACGACACGAAGAAUCGUCCGARCUUCUUGACACGCUUUCCAUGGUGUCUCGGCUYAUUGUCAAUUAUAAGCUGACGAUUUUAGUGCAGUUGCCCUUGACGCAAUCACUGUUACAGGGGAUGGCCGAUCUUGGACGUUAUUUGCUACAAGAAAAUCUGAAAGAAUGCCAAUCUGUUCAAGGAGACAUGGAUUCCAUGGAACACCGGGAAUGGCGAGACGAAGCAUUGGCCCUACUCUUAGAAGGAAUUGUACUGUUGUGUAGCGACCCGUGGCUAUUGUUUUCUGGAUCGGAAGAUUCACGGAAAGGGGCACAAGCUGCGUUGGCAAAAACAUUGGGUCCCCUAUACAUAGAAUUUGUCACGUGUCGCACCAAGAUGGCCUAUCUGGAAGAAACCUAUUUGAUGGCUCAUGAAACCGAUCUCGAUGAGGUCAGAGAAGAAAUUUAUGCAGUUGAUCUAGAGGAAGAGAUGACAUCACUGGCAGCCGUGGGGCGGUUGGACAUUCAAGCUUCCCUCUCGUGUUUGUCUGCUUUUUUUGGCGAGAUGAUUCCGCAACUCCAGGCGCUGUGGGAUUCCCCAACGACAAACGCUGUGACCGCCGAAGCGGCAGGAGUUUUGGAGCAAUCUCGUAUAGUAACGUUGUAUAUUGGUCACUUGUUGACGGACGAAAAUGCUGGCGAAACCCGUGUUAUUCCCGAAUCAAUAAUAUUAGCUUGCCAGGACAAUCAGGUUGCGUGUGAUGCGGUCGUAUCGGCUGUUCAAUUGCUCCAACAAUUCGCAGAAUACCAAGUUUCGAAGAUYACUGCAAACCCAAACGACCAACGAUUGUCUCCGCUCUUAGCCAAGACGUUCCUCUGGUUUUUCAAUCGUUGGGCUCCAUCCUACAUUCUCCCUGACGUCUAUGGGUCGUCAACGACUCCAAGUACUAUUACUUUGGCUUGGUCUAAUUCAGAACGAGUUCAGCAAGCUAUUUCCUUCUUAAUUACACUCUGUAUACAUUACAACUGCUAUUGGCCCCAAGAAGGACAGGUUCAGGAGAAUGCCGCACUGAUGUUGCUAUCCUUGGCGAAGCGGGGGUCCAAGAUGAGGUUAGCCAUUGUAGGCUGCCCCCAGUUUCGACAACUUGUCAUUUAUCACUGCUUAACUUGUGGGAUACGGCACAGUGUACCUCAAGAAGAAUUCGAGACAACAGUGCGUACCAAAGCUGGCAAUAUCCAAAAUAUGAMUCUAGACAUGAACAUGAUCCGAGGUUAUCAUAAGCUGCCAUACGAAAUCAAAGGCAAGUUGUUAACAGGRAUAAUCAUGGCUUGUGGAGAAAAAGAGGACGAAGCUUCAAAUGCAUUACUUAACGAUUGCUUCACAGCAACCCACGACGCUUUUUCCUCUUUAGUGAAUGUUUUGUCGUAAGUUCAAUGCAAUGAUGCAAUAGAUCUAUGUAUUUUCUUGUUGAAUUCAGACACAGCUUCCACUAGAAGAUGAAUACAUUUUUAACAACAUUCCUUUCUCUGACCUACUACAUAAUGCAGAUCGAAACAGAUGAAAGCCGACAAUGUCGAUGCCAAGGAAAUGGCAUGUCUUUGCAUUUCCUUGUACGACGGAGUUGCUCUUGCUGGCGAYAUGAAAGGGUCUGAACGUAUUCCGAAGUUCAUCACUCCAUCCCUUGCGCAUCUUUCUGGAUUGAUGGAAUUUUAUGCCGAAGAUUUGACCAUUUGCGAAGGCCUCUUACGAUUCUUUCGAGAUUAUUCCUAUCAAUUCAUAUCCAUCCUUGACUCGUCUUCGUGUCUAKCACUCUUUCAAGCCUGUUCAAAUUUGCUMAAGAGCUAUUCAACGAAUCACUGCUCUUCAAAUAGGGUGGUUUCCAAUACUGGUGGUACAUCRGAGGAGGAAGAACAAAAAUAUUCUGACGUACUCUGCGCAAUUGAAUUGCUGGUUCAGUUGGGAAGCAAGGAUUUCUUUUACAGUGGCGAACAAUCCAUAGAUUCGAGUAAAGUGUCCGAAAUGAUAUUUGUAGGCCUUCAACAAAUAUUGCYUCUGAUGACACGUGGUCUCCUCCAGUACCCAACGCUUUGCUCUCAAUUCUUACAAUUGGUUGGAUUCAUGCUGGAGUCAUACGCCAAUCAGUUAAAAAUUCUUCCAUACGAAUUGUUCGAUGCUCUCGUGGAAUCUUUGCUCUACGGCAUGACCUAUCACGAUGCCAGUAUUGCAAAAUCGAGUUUGCAAGGGAUCAGUGGAAUUGCUAAGGAGCAUUUGAGUACCAGGGUUCUAGACGUCCACAUCGCUGCAACCCCCCCAAAUCAGGAGGGCCUCAUCGACAAAURUUCGCGACGAUUACUUACGGAGGUUGUCUUUCAAAAUAUAAUUUGGGACCGACUCGAACCGGCUGGUAUGGCCYUGUUGCCACUCGCCGCAAUCGAUAUCAACAGUUUUGGGCGCGUUGUUCAAGGAAUUGCACAACAAAUCGCACCAGAACACCAGCAACGUCUGAUAUCGAAUUUUGARUCUCUGAUCCGGGCCGAUAUCGUYGCUAAGAUUACGACUACAAAAGGCCACGAAGGUCGAAAGAAUCGGAUUCUCUUCAAGAAAAACUUCGAGGCAUUUUGUCACGAAAUUCAUUCGUUCAUGCUCAAAAAAUAGAUGGCUCCUGAGAUUUAUURUGAAGCUUUGUGCUAAGCAGUUUCGCCUCGUUAUGAUGUGUUAAUUGUGUCGAUCAUCAAUAAACAAUACAACUUAUUUUAGGCAUGAACGCAUUUAGCGCAACAAAUAGAAAGAAACUGCACUGAGAAUGCUUCGUUGCAAAAAAAUCUAUCCCUCUAGAAAAUUAAAUCAAAGAAAUUUGAUUGACCAGUUAAUUGCCUCCACCAAGGUACAUACUGACACGCUGCAUGAUGUAAUCUUGUUCUGGAUCGUAUGGAUGUUCUUUGGAUGGAAUUUCAAGUACAGUUGGAAUGGUUUGAUUGUAGUCCUUUAGGACGUGUCGAAUAUCGCUAGCAAUGUGUUGAUUGAUUAGGAUGAUUCCAAUAUCUUCUCUGGUCGAAAAACUUUUAAAGGCUUCCUCGACCUGUGAGAGUGUAGUGUCCUGUUUCACAAUCAAGAAAUUCGAUCCUU